GACAAAAUUCUGGCACCUGACCUUUAGAAUAAUCUCCAGCUUCGUCUUUUUGCAUAACUUGCACAACCUCCUCCCAGAGCAAAGGAAGAGAGAAAAGAAAAGAAAAGAGAAGCCAAAAAAGAAGAGGAGGAGGAGGAGGAGGAGGAGGAGGAGAUUAAUCUUCUCUCUCCAUCUCCACUCCAUUAAUUGUUCCUCUUCUCUCUCAUUUUUGCUCUUUUUUCCCCCGCAUUAAUUUACUGACUCGUGGAAAUGCAAUCCCACGCAUUUACUUCUCCGUCGCAAUUGGAGGAGUAUUCUGCCGUCCCGUCGACGGCGGUGGCCAUAGACAGGGACAAACUGAGUCAACAGGCGGUAAAAUGGACGGUAGAUAAUCUCGCCAACUUCAGCAAAAAGAUCACACUCAUUCAUGUGCGGACCAGGAAUGGUCUCCCAUCUGGAUUUUCAAUGGUUGAACAAAGCCCAGAAGCUGCAAGGGCUCAAAUUGAUCAAGAGAUGCAACAAUUAUUUCUCCCGUACAAGGGUUUUUGUGCUCGCAAAGGAAUGAAAAUCAAUGAGGUCGUCCUCGAAGAUUCUGAUGUUAGCAAGGCCAUAGUGGACUACAUUUCUGCUAACCAUAUCCAAAACAUAGUCGUCGGCAACUCAAACAGGAAUGCAAUAACGAGGAAAUUUAAGAACCCUGAUGUUCCUUCAACCUUGACUAAAACCGCACCAGACUUCUGCGCAGUGUAUGUUAUAUACAAGGGGAAGCCAAUAACAGUUCGAUCAGCAAAGUCUGUCGCACCCAAUACCGCUAUGCCUCCACGACAAGUGGUGCAGGAGAUUCCCCGACAACUUCUUGAUCAAGAAGAGCGUGAUAGGUCAGCAAGAAUCACGAACUGGAGAGGCCAAUAUGCUCCAUCUCCUCAACCAGAGAGAAGGUCCUUCGAAAGAUAUUCUGAUGCUCCCAGAUCUUCUGAUGCUAGCAAGAGAGAUAGGCCAGGAGCUCGGUCAUCACCCAACAAUUACUUUCUUGACAACCUCGAUUCUGGUCAUUACUCGAGUUUCUCCGAUUUUAACGACUCUUUUGAAGACACUUCCAGCAUGGGUCGCCGAUCAAUGGACUUCCCUGAAUUGCUUGAGUUCUCAUCAAGCCCUAUUCCUGGGGGUGCCUCUCCUCCUUCCGGUGCUAAUCGAGAUGUUGAGGCUGAAAUGAAAAGGCUGAGGCUUGAGUUAAAGCAGACUAUGGACAUGUACAGCACCGCAUGCAAAGAAGCAAUCACUGCAAAACAGAAGGCUAAUGAGCUCCACCAGUGGAAAAUGGAGGAAGCCAGAAAGUUUGAGGAACUGAGAAGCGCCGAAGAGGCAGCCCUCGCAAUCGCCAAGAUGGAAAAAGCAAAAUGCAAAGCUGCCCUUGAAGCAGCUGAGGCAGCACAAAGAAUUGCAGAGCUUGAGGCACGGAAGAGAGUGACCGCUGAAAGGAGAGCAAAAAGUGAGGCAGAAGAGAGGAAGACAGCACUUCAAACCCUUGGUGGCAAUGAUGUUCGGUAUAGAAAGUAUAGUAUCGAGGAGAUCAAAGUGGCUACUGAUGAAUUCAAAGAGUCUUUGAAGAUUGGUGAAGGUGGAUAUGGGCCUGUGUUCCAAGCUCGUUUGGAUCAUACUCCGGUUGCCAUUAAAGUUUUAAGGCCAGAUGCAGCACAAGGCAAACAACAAUUCAACCAAGAGAUUGAGGUGCUCAGCUGCAUCAGGCAUCCAAACAUGGUGUUACUCCUUGGCGCCUGCCCAGAGUACGGAUGCCUAGUAUACGAAUACAUGGAAUACGGUAGCUUAGACGACCGUCUCUUCCGCCGAGGGAACACUCCAACAAUUCCGUGGAGCAUCCGCUUCAAGAUUGCAGCAGAGAUAGCCACCGCUCUCCUCUUCCUCCACCAAACAAAACCCGAACCAUUAGUCCACCGAGAUCUCAAACCUGGAAACAUCCUCUUAGACCGAAAUUACACGAGCAAAAUCAGCGACGUGGGUCUCGCAAGACUCGUACCUCCGACUGUAGCAGACACUGUUACUCAGUAUAGAAUGACGUCCACCGCUGGAACAUUCUGUUAUAUCGAUCCUGAGUAUCAGCAGACAGGAAUGCUCGGUACCAAGUCAGAUAUAUACUCACUGGGGAUUAUGCUACUUCAGAUAAUUACGGCAAAACCUCCCAUGGGGCUAAGCCACCAUGUGGAGAGAGCAAUCGAGAGAGGACAGUUUCAUGAAAUGCUUGAUCAGUCUGUGACUGAUUGGCCAGUGGAAGACGCACUUUCAUUUGCUAAGAUUGCUUUGAAAUGUGCUCAGCUGAGGAGAAAAGACCGUCCUGACCUUGCCACAGUCGUCUUGCCAGAACUGAACAGGUUGAGAAAUCUCGGGUAUUCUUAUCAGUCUGUUGGUUAUUUUGGUAAUAGUAGCAACAGUGGUACGAGUUUUGGUGCUUACUCUGCUUCCAGCAAUCAUUCAAGUUUCAACAAUUCACAGCCGAGGCCGCAGUCACACACCAUGGAACGGUCCAGUAAUCCAUAUCUCCAUGCACCACGGAUGUCUGCGAGCGACAUGUGACGGAUAAAUAGGGGAGGUGAAAGAGAGGGGGUUGAUGUAUGUUAAAAAUUUUUGGGUUACUUUUAUUGUUCAUAUUGUAAGAGAUGCCUUUCCUUGA